AUGAAAUUAACUUUAUUAAUUUCAAUUUUAAUUAUAGAAUUAAUAGACUUUACUUUUGGUAUAAAUGAAAACAAGUGUUUCAAGUUUGGUCAUGCUUGUAAAGAUAAAGUAAAGUUUGAUGUUACUUGUGGUGAAAAUUUUGCUUGUUUACCAUCCCAUGAGAAUAGUCAAGAUUUCAUUUGUAAACCAAGAUUAAAACUUGGAGAAACUUGUUUUAAUGAAUUAAGUAAUGUAUGUGAAAGAGGAUUACAAUGCCUUCCAUCAAAAACAUUCAAUUAUGGUGUUGAUGAAUAUGGUGAUUUUGAUAUAGAUUCUCCCAAUAACUUAACUUGUGUUGAUGCUGGAUAUGCAGGAGAGGGUGAAUUUUGUCAAUCAGAUUAUAAUUGUAUUGGAACUGGUUUUUAUAAUUUAAAAUGUAUAGAUUCUAAAUGUCAAUUAUAUGGUAUUGAACGUAGUGAAUAUAUUACUUGUAUCGAUUAUUAUAAUUGUCCAGGUCCAAAUACAUGUGCUUCAUUAGGUUUUGAUAAUGGAAAUUACAUUUCAAAAUGUGUGCCUUUAAAACCAUUAAAAAGUGAUUGUAAAACUCAAUCAGAAUGUUUCAUUGGUGGUAUAUGUUCAAGUGAAAAUAAAUGUAUUUCAAGAUAUUCAAAGAAACUAAAUGAAAAUUGUUUAUAUAAUAGUGAAUGUGAUUUUGGAUUAAAAUGUGAAACUACAAUUUAUCAUUAUUUUCCAAAUGGUACAUUUAAAAAUUUUGAAGAAAUUAAUAAAUGUGUACCAUUGAUCUAUUCAAAAACAACAAAUUGUUUAGAUGAAGGUUGUCAAGAAUAUGAAUUUUGUAAUGGUGCAACAAAUAAAUGUUAUCCUAAAAAGAAAUACACAAAUGAUUGUAAAAAAGCAGAAAAAGAAAGAGAUUCAUGCUACAUUUCAAAUAACUGCUUCUUUUCAAAUGAACAAUAUGAUUUACUAUCUUCUGAUUCUCCAUUUUCAAAUGAAAAUUCUUGUCAAAUGAAACAUUGUAAAUGUCAAACAAUCAAUUAUUUUAACCAAUGUCAAAAUACAUAUACAUUUUGUCAAUAA